AAUUGAUGCUCGGUUUGGAGAUGAUCUUUCGGAGAUGAAGCCGUUUUUGCAGCAAAGAGCUCCUCAAGUGGAAUUCAGAAGCGAGAAAAGGGAAGGCCUGGAAAUCUACGUUGUCACUUGGAACAUGAACGGGAAGAUUCCUCGAUAUGAUCUUGCAAGGCUUCUGGAUGACUCCAGUGGCAGAAAGUACGAUUUGUACGUGAUUGGACUUCAAGAAGCUCCAAGCAGCUACGUAGACUCGUUUUUCUUGGAGGUUCUCGGCGAAAGCUACUGCCUGGUUGCCUCCUCAAUCAUGGCAUCCUUGCAGCUCUUUGUUUUCGUGAAGAUUACACUGUUGCCAUUCAUGUCAGAUUGUAGAAGUGACAAAGUUGGAGUUGGAGGAUUUGGAGGAGUAAUAGGCCGCCAGAAAGGAGCCACGGCGGUCACGUUACGUUACAGGGAGCUCACAUUCUUGUUCCUCUCUUGCCAUCUUGCUCUGCAGCUCACGAAGGCAAUGUAGAGGCAAGAAACUCUCAAUACACACGGAUAUGCCAGAACGUUUUUGCGAGGCCAUACUCUUCCACCGUCUGCGCGUGCCUACAAACAACCACCGGCAUUGUGGCAGACGACUUUGCUUUCAAGGAGCGGCAGCAACAGCCCUUCAAGAACGCAAACGCAGUGGAGGAGUCGGACCUGGUCAUCUGGGUGGGAGAUUUAAACUACAGGGUCGUCGGGCAUAGAAACUCCGUGGGAGUUUUGAUCAAGAACAACUUGGAAAAGCUCUUGUGGUCGAGAGACCAGCUCUCUCGAGAAGCCCGACACGGGAGGAUCUUCACUGGCUUUCGCGAAGGCCCGCUAACUUUCAGACCAACUUACAAAUACGACGUUGGCACGGACAACUACGACACUAGUGCGAAGGAGAGAGUUCCCUCGUGGACGGAUAGAAUCCUCUUCAAAGUAAAGGACACGGGAUGGGUCACCGCCAACGUUCACGACUACGCUUCCAUAGAUUCGAUGAGGAGCUCCGACCACCGGCCUGUCAAGGCUGUGCUAGCACUAAGCAUUUCGCUAUAACAGGCCUUGUGUUUUUCCGCGUAGCCCAGAAGCAUGACUUGACAGUUUGGCCGAGUGGUCUAAGGCGUUGGAUUUAGGCUCCAAUCCGUUAGGGCGUGGGUUCAAAUCCCACAGCUGUCAAUAACUUCGUUGUUAUAUGGAACAAUUUUUUUUUUUCUCAUUUU